AUGGCAACAGCUCUUCCCACUACAGAUCGUCGCACAAGGCGAGCACUUCUUAUUGGCAACAAUAAAUAUGAACAGGAAGAGAACAUACUUCUACAUUGUAUUAAUGACGCCGAUGAUCUGACUGGAGCUUAUACGUCAAUUGUUUUAGGUGGACCAGCAAACACAGAUGGUGUAUGUCAUGGUGUAAUCACAAGAGCUGGUACCUAUGUACAUUUUGCUUGUGCUUUAAAUCAAAACGCCAGCGACGGCUUUCCAACAGAUCGUAAUGGAGUAUUCACCAAACAUCUAUUGAAACAUAUCACAACGCCGGACCAAGAUUUAUUUCUAAUGUUUAUGAAGGUGAACCGUGAUGUUUACCAUGAGACUGAUGGAAGCCAAAUGCCAACAGGAUGGAACGGAUUGAUGCUAAAUCGGCAUAUCUAUCUCAAUGAAAUCACAACAAUUCCUAUAAUACCAUCGGUUUCUCCAAAUUCCUCACAAGGUAACACUAAAUAUUAA